CGACACUGUUUGACAUUGUUUAGCAUUGUUUUGAUUGUAGAUAAUUUGCCAAAUAAAGAAAUGAGAAGUUUAUUUUGGAACAUUCAAAUAAGGAAAAUGGGAACUUGUUUCCGGAACGGAGGGAGUAGCUUUUAGUACUCCACUAAUUAGCCUCAACAACUUGCAUAUCAAACAAAACUAAAUCAAACAGUCAACUUUUUAUCACACAACUACUAUAUUUUUCUUUUAAAAUCUUUUUAGUCACUAUUUUUUUAGGAAAAAAUGAAAAUAAUAAUCCCAACUAUUGCCAGUCCGCUAAUAAUAAUCCCAACUAUUGAUUAUUUUUGUAUAAUCCCAACUAUAUGGACCGUCUGCCAAUAAUGGUCCAUGACCCGAUAUUACCUUCAAAUUUAAAUAAACAUUAAGCGUAAAAUUAAAAGUUGAGAUUAUUUAUAGGGAUUACUUGAUAUAUCUCUUCUCAUCCACUUUGGAAAUUACAAGAAUUUGUUUAUAGUCGGUCAUAUCGGACCAUUAUUGGCGGAAAGUCCCUAAAGUUGGGAUUAUUCUGAAAUAAUAAUUAGUUAAGAUUAUUAUGAGCGGACUGUCAAUAGUUGGGAUUAUUACUUCAAUUUUUCCUUUUUUUAUUAUUCAACAACACACAACGACAGACAAUUAAUCCGUAAUUCAUGCCGGAACAGAAUUAAAGGGUAAAUAAUGUGCACAGUCAUCGAUGAUUUUGCCCUUACACAAUACUGUGAGAAGUCAAGCAAUAUACGAAGUUCUGUUCAAUGUACGAAAUUAUGUUCCCGUCCGUUGAAAUUCCUAUAUGAAUAUGCCAAAUUCUGCACGCCAAUCGUUCGACGAAAUAACCCAAAGUGAUCCAAUGUUUGUCUUGAGAUAUUUUCAGUUUGGAAUUAUGUGGGUUGUAGUUAGAUCUUGAUACUGAUUAAAUAAUGAGGCCUUGGUUAUACCCAAAAGUUUAGCUUGAGAAGAUGAUGAACCUUGGGAGUGGUAGAAAACCUGUCGAGGAUUUGAAUGAGUAUGAACGGUACCAAGCCCAUCAAAACCACCAUAAUAAAGCUCAUAACUUUCGUUUUGAAGCUGUUUUGCUUGUUCUCAUAUUUUCGGUAGUUAGCCUUUCAUCUCUAGUGCUUUACAAUUGGGCAGGCUAUAUAGGCAUAUCUCCAAAUCCACUAGGCCAUAAACAUUUCCCGAAUGAGGCUUCUUCCUCAGCAGCCCCAGCUGCCAUUCCUGUUGAUGCAUCCCAAACCACCAAGGAAGGAGAAGAUGAGUUGGAGAAAAUGCUGAAAAAGGCAGCUUCUAUUGAUAGAACUGUUAUCAUCACAACUUUAAAUGCAGCAUGGACAUCUCCAAACUCUGUUUUUGAUCUUUUUCUGGAGAGCUUUAGAAUCGGGAACCAAACGCUCCAUCUUUUGGAUCAUCUACUUGUGGUGGCUUUCGAUCAGACAGCCUAUUCUCGCUGUAUGGAAGUACAUUCUUAUUGCUAUGCUCUACCCACGAAUGGCGUUAACUUUACGGGUGAAGCACAGUUUAGGAGUUCCAAGUAUUUGGAGAUGAUGUGGGCAAGGAUUGACUUUCUUAGACAUAUUUUGGAGAAGGGAUACAACUUUGUGUUUACGGAUACCGACAUAAUGUGGCUUCGAAAUCCAUUUUCACGUUUUCACUCCGACUCGGAAUUCCAAAUCGCAUGUGACGUUUUCAAUUCCAACUCAUCGGACCUAAACAACAAGCCCAAUGGAGGCUUCAAUUAUGUUAAAUCAAGUAGGAGGACAGUCCAGUUCUACAAAUUCUGGUACAGUUCAAAAGAUCUUUACCCAGGCAGUCAUGACCAAGACGUGCUCAACAACAUAAAGUUUCAUCCCUUCAUUGCAGAGAUCGGCCUCCAGAUUACCUUCUUGCCGACGGUGUUUUACAGCGGUUUUUGUCAGCUCAGCGAUGACCUCAACCUUGUCAUUACUGUCCAUGCCAACUGUUGCGUCGGGCUGGAAAAAAAGAUCCGCGACCUCGGGCUUGUGCUCGAUGUCUGGAGAGAGUAUAUAUCUGAUGUCAAGAGGAGGGUGUCACGCCCGCUUUCGUGGGGACUAUUACCACAAUACUGCUUAGAUAGAAACAUUUCCUCUGCUCCUAUGUAGUAGGAAGGUAAAGAGCAUACAUGUAAUGAUCAUAGAAUAUACAGCAAUUAGCAAGUUUUGUAUUGCUAGAAAUUUGUAGAAGCUUUAAUAUAUGCCAGUAUAUGUAUGGGAGUCGUUUCAAAAAAUAUUAAAAUGAUCGUUUUAAGAAAUUUAGGUAGAAAAGUGCCUAAAAUCAUCAUUUUUCUUUAUUAACCAA